AAAGAAUUUCACUUUUAUCCUCCAGGUGGCACUUCAAAGUUUAAACAUCCAGGAUUUUCUUGUUUUAGAGACGAAAGAUAAUCUUCUGUAAUAGGAAAACGAAAAACAAAAAAUGGAAGACAAAUUACCUUCGAAAAGUAUUGAAGAAAUAGAAAAUGCACACUCAAGUUUAGAUAUGUUCAUUGACGAAGACCUUACAUCUUCCUUUAAUCUACAAUCUCUUAGUACCAUUGUCGACGAGUUAAUAGAAUCGAAUGUUAGUUUACAAGAUUGCGACGAGAAAGUGGAUCAGGCUUGUUACUCGGAGUUAACUCGAAAAUCUGGAAAAAAUACGGUUGAAAGUUGUAAUCUGUCCUUAAGUUUAGUUGCAAAAAGCGAUGAAAUUGCUGAUUUAAUAAAUUUAUCAUCUACUCCGAUAAAGCGUAAGUCGUCAACCAAAAUGAAGAAGCUACAUGAACUUUCAGACAUUAUUGUUGAUAAUUCGACAUGUGGUGAAGAAACAAACCACAACAGUGGCAAAACUAAAUUUGCUGUCUGUGAUAUGUCUAUCAGUGUAUUAUCUGAUGAAAAUGAUGAUAUAUUUACGUGCAAGGUUUCGGACGAUAAAGAGGAAAAUGUAUUUACUUCGUGCAAUAGUCCUCAAGUCUCUCCAAUUGCUAAAAAUCAGAUCUUCCAAUUCAGUCUGUCGGCCAGUGCUGCUGUAGAAAAUCGGACUACAAAAAAUGAGAAGAAAGACGAUCUUUCAGAACAAUUGACGGAAGUUAAUAAGGAUUUAUCGUUAAAAAAGGAAACAAAUGUAAUUUCGAAAGAAGGACCUUCGGCUAAAUCAGAAAAUUUCGAGCCAUCCCGUAACCGUAAACAAACGCAAUCGAAUAAGAUCAAGAAAAGAAAAAAAAAGACUCGUAUUGUACGAAAUCGCAUUAGCUGUAAUAAAGAGAAUCGUUUAGAGAAACGAAACGAAACGAAAACCGGAGAAUCGUCCGUAAAAGAAACAAAAAAACCAAAAUAUGUAAUCGAAGAUCCUUUAGAACUCGGCGAUAUAAACGAUCCGGAAUGGGAGAACGUGAGAUGUUUGAAUACGGAUGACGAACGUUACAGCGCAGUUAAAGCUUGCUGGGGUUCGACAAGAGUACCCAAACCAAACAAGGAUCUAACGAGACACAACUACAGAUUACGUAAGAUGAAGAAGGAAGAUUACAAAGCAGCAGUAAACGAUACGAGAAAAGGAAAACGAACGGCUACUAGCGGAGAGGUGGACAUCGUCGAUGACAAACGUCGCAAAGUAGAAACAGCCUUUUGCACGGAGACUCUCGAUCGGAAGAUCGAUCAAGAACGUCAGCUGUACAAAGAAAGUCGCGAUCAAGAAGAGCAGAAAUAUUUCAUGGACUUACAAGAGAUCAAGCGCACAUCCUGCGAAACCAAACAAUUACUCGAACAAGUGUAUUUGCAGAAGAUUAAGAAAACUAAAUCAUCAUCUAAUGUUUAUAAUCCUCUUAUUGAGAGAGUGGAAAAGUGGAAGAUGUCUAAAGAAGUAAAGUUAAGAGCUGAAGAAUGUCGGGAAAUUGACAACGCGAAAAGACGUUUCGAUAGUGCUAAGGGAAGACUAGAACAUAAUUUCAAUGUGACUUUAAAUAAACUUAAUAAAGCUAGAGAGGAAGUACUCAAAUUUAAUAAAUUUUACUGUGGAUUGAGUAAGUCAGAUCCAACAGUACUAAAAGGUAAAAGACUGAAAGAGGUUAGAAUAAUCGAGGAAAUGUAUAAAACCUAUGAUAAAGUUUAUGCACCAGCUCGUAUGUAAGAUAUUUAUUUCCAUACAUUAACUAAGGAACAAAAAUUUCGUUGCCGAUAUCUGUUUUUAAAAAGUUACCCAGAUUAAUUUUAUCAGCUCUUUUAAUAUUUCGAACAUUAUGUUUCCUCUUUACCAGUCCAAAAAACGAAAAAAAAUGUAAUAUAUAUUGAUAACGUGACUUGU